UACCAUAUAUAGAAAAACUCCACACCUCCUAAGACUCCUAUAUAAGCUGACUGUAUGGCAAGAAUCUUGAAGAAUCAACUUCUACAUCUUGGUUAUUUUUUGAAGACCGUGUGAAAGAGCCACAGGCGACAACAAUACAAUACGGACUAUUUUGACACAAAGAUGUUUUGGGGAAUUCUUCUCAUCAGUAUCUCACUGAAUUUAUGGUUCUGUGAAUCUACUAAAUUGAAGGGCACAUUUUUAGUUCAAGAUAAAGAUGUAUCUGAACAUCUUCUGAAGAUGUUUGGAUAUAAUGCUCGAAGCUGCAAAGAAAUUCAGGAGAAGUACAACAUUAAUGAUGAUGGCCUAUACUAUCUGACCACAGAAAAUGGGGUGAUUUACCAGACGUUCUGUGAUAUGACCACAGCGGGGGGAGGCUGGACAUUGGUGUCCAGUGUGCACGAGAACAACAUGAAUGGAAAAUGCACUGUUGGUGAUCGCUGGUCAAGUGAGCAGGGCAGUGACCCCAACCGUCCUGAUGGUGAAGGAACGUGGUCAAACACAGUCACGUUUGGUACAGUAUUGGCCGCUACCAGCGAUGAUUACAAGAAUCCUGGAUACUUUGACAUUGCAGCACAAGAUGUGUCUGUGUGGCACGUUCCUAAUAACAUUCAGAUGGAGCAGUGGAAAUCUUCCUCAUUCCUGCGAUAUCACACUACAUCUCACUUCUUAGGUGACAACGGUGGAAACCUUUUCAAAUUAUUUAAGAAAUACCCAGUGACUUUUGGAAUAGGGGAGUGUCGCAAGGAUAAUGGACCUUCUAUUCCAGUAGUGUAUGACAGUGGUGAUGCAGAAUACACCAAAACCCUUUAUGGUCCUCAUUCAAGAGGGGAAUUUGAGUCUGGGUUCAUCACAUUCAGAGUCUUCAAUAAUGAGAAAGCUGCCAUGGCUGUAUGUUCUGGUGUUAAACCAACUGGAUGUAACACUGAACAUUACUGUAUUGGUGGAGGUGGAUACUUUCCAGAGGUCGCCCCUAAAGAGUGUGGAGAUUUUGCAGCAUUAGACUGGGAUAGUUAUGGUGUAGGCUGGGGUGCAUCAAAAAAUCUAAUCGAAGCAGCAGUACUUAUGUUUUAUCGCUGACAAUCUAUUUCAGAUUUGAUUUUCAGUAAAUCAAACCAGACAUAAUUCCAGAAUCAUCAGCAUGUAUUCCUUUACUGUACUUUAUGUCUUUAUCUAAUAAUCACCCUUACAAAAAUUAACCAUGGUUCUACUACAGUUAAAACCAAAAAAUAGCAAUGGUUACUGUAGUAAAACAAUGGUAACCACAAAAUAACCAUGGUUUUGACAACCACGGUUUUCAAAAACUACAGUUAAACCAAGGUUAGUGUAUAAAACAGUAGUUUUGCUGAUAGUAAUCAAUACACAAAAAAACAUGGUUAUUACACUUUUACCACAAUAAAACCAUGGUUAAUUUUCGUAAAGGCAGUUAAGUGACAUGAAACACCCGUUUCACACCUCCAGUUUGAAAAACUUUUCGAAAAGGGCCGUUGUUUGCUGGGGGUAUGUAAGAAUUAAAAAUAUAAGAAUUUAUUACUUGGUCACAACCCCCUGUGCUGAUAGUGAUCAAAGACUAUUGUCACAGCUGUUUAACCAAUUCAGUGGGGGUUAAAGGGGAUCUUUUGAUUGGCCAAUUUGAAUGUAUCAAGUUAGGUUUAGUCACAUGGUCAAGGGAUAGAGGAUAAAGGUCAAUGUUUUCAUGAGCUCUGGGCUUUUGCCUUUUUCCUUUCCUUUUCUUCUUCUUGAAUGAGCUCUGGGGUUCAGGCUAUUAGGCCUGGAUUCCAGUUCUCAAGUCUGAAUCUCUUUCUUCUAAAACUUUUUUCUUUCUUUCUUUCUUUCUCUGUUUCUCUAUCUUAUCAGGUAAUCUCUUACAUACAUUGUUUGUGUUAUUUACCAUUUCAUGCAUUUAGUGUAACCAGUUCAAUUGUAACUUUAAGUCAGUACUGUUAUUAAACCUUUGCAUUUACAAA